AUGUGGAAUACCACUUCCGUCGAUACGCCUGUCCUCAAUAACUUCCUCGACAGCAUUGGAGGUCUUUUACAGAGCCGUGAUGGCACCAAGCUCCAGGACUUCCUGCAGCUUGAGCCCCCCUUGUCUGCCAUUUACAACCAGAUGACGACCGAAUUGCGGCAAAGAUACCCGGCUGGAGACAAUAAAGACACAGAGUUACUCUCAAAAUGUGAAAGCCUGACGGCUGAAGGGCAGCUAGGCAGUUUCUGGCCUGCAUUCCCUCCCUUCAUGCGUCUAUACUUGACAUUUUUGAGAGAUGUCAAUGUGGACAACCUUCUAGAAACAUACAACCUGCUCAAAGGUUUGCUAAACCAGAGCGUGAUAGCUCUCGGUGAUAGCCAGAUGGGCGUUGUUAUCCUGCCAACCGUCUUUUACCUUAGCAAGGUGCUCUCGAAACUUGCAAUCGGGCUUGACCGCCAGCCGGAGCUGAUAGCACACCUCCUCAGGGACGAAGGAGGAGAGUCGGGGCAGGGCGAGACUGGGGAGAAAGUGACACUAGUGGAAAAAUCGACAAAUAUCGUUCGAGAAGCGUUUAUCAAAUGCCUGACCGACAGAAGCGGUACCUCGGGCAUCCACGCAAAACCAGAAGGAAAAAGAGCAGGGAUAUAUUUGAUGGCGAAUCUGUGUCUAAAGCUCCUAUUCAAGUGCGGGAAGCUGCGUAAUGCGGAGCAAAUGUUUGCAAGCAUCAACUCACAGUCACCACCCUUGGAAUACUUUCCUGCUUCGCAAAGGGUAACCUAUCUCUACUACCUUGGGCGAUAUCUCUUAUCCAACAAUUUAUUCUACCCCGCCAUGAUCGUCCUUGAGGCGGCAUACAAUCAAUGCCACCGGCAGGCGCUGAAGCAGAGAGGUCUAAUUCUCACGUAUCUUAUACCGUGUAAUAUCAUCCUUGGCCGUUUCCCAUCCCGAACGCUCCUCCAGAGGCCAGAAGCCGAAGGGCUAGGAGAUAGAUUUAUACCUCUCUGCCGGUAUAUUGCCAAGGGAGAGAUACAUGCUUUCAGAGAUUAUCUGUCAGUCAGCUCGCCGACUGCCGAAUGGUUCGCCAGAAAGGGACUCUUACUCCCUCUUCGGAAUCGAUGUGAGAUCCUGGUAUGGCGGUCACUUACACGAAAAGUGUUUAUUCUCGCAGGUUUUCAUGGAGACCAGAAGAUGCAGACCCAGCGAGGACCGCCUCCUUUUCUCUACCUCCAAAAACUCGAAGCUGCUGUUCGCUGGCUCGACAGCCGUGCACGACAUGAUUCAAAUUUGCUACCAAUGUCACCGCAAACCAGACAAGCCGGUGUGCAACUUACCUCUUUUCCAUUAGAUCCUGACUUUAUCCCAGAAAAUAACAUCCCCUCCGAGAUGGCAGAUAACUCUACAUUUGACGACUAUAACCGUCCCGACUGGUACUUUGACCACACCGGUCAGCAUGUCAAUGUCAACAGCCCUGAUGAUCUCCCGGUUGACGGGAUGAUCGAUGGUAUGGCAGGGGUCCCUGAUCCAUACUCGACGCUUAUUCCAGAAGAAGAAGCAGAAGAAGAAAAAGAACACCAACAGCCUGCCAUUACCGGCAGCGAAGGAGCAGAAAUCGCUUCCUCCCCGCUAAUGCAAGAACUCGAGAAUGUUCUCGCCUCCCUGCUUACCCAGGACCUGAUGCGGGGCUAUCUCACUCACAAGAACCCACGGUACGCCAUUCCCGGAGCUCGACUGAAGGGAGCCCUUCCUACUGGUUUUCCAAACGUGUGGCAGACAAUCUAUGCACGAGAACGCGAAGAUGGCCAGAUUCCUGGAUGGGUCAAACCCCAGGGCUCUGGCGGCAGUCGUAGGGCUCCGGGGGUGAUUCAAGGAGGUGGCGGACGAGUAGUGAACUUGAGUGGCGCCAGAUCUAUCAGCGAGAUUACCGGGUCGAGCUGA